AUGUCUCUCAACUUUGAUACAAAUGCCUGGUACCAGGUCAAUGUAACGAGCCAGAAGGAUCAAUGUUUUCACGGAACGCCACUCUAUGAGGAUGGUCUGACAGGAGCAGUAUUCUUUCAAAACACCAACACAAGCAAUACCGGCCAAAGAUGGCAAUUCUACCCAUACAACUCGUCUGUAUACCUUCUCCGCUGCGAAGAAGGAGGCCCCAACGGCUACCUUGGUACAUCAUUAGGUACAGGAAGCGACAAGGACCGACUCACAGGCAACACGGUGCCCUGGCUGGCGCACUACAACGUCUCUGACGAUUCCAUGUUCUGGACCAUCGAGCCGUGGGGUGAUGGGACGUAUUACUUCUCCAAUCUAGCCAACGGGACGGGCUGGCGGUUGGAUACACUGGUCACAGCUCUCAUGGCCAUGAAUUCCAACAUCACGUCUGCGCAGAGGGGCGAGCAAUAUACCUUUACGAGUAUAGGUGUUAUCGACGAUAGCCGGUACUCCACAGCUAACACCUACCCAAGUAGCCACACCGCGGCCCCCACGUUGGCGACAAUAACCACAGCGGACGGAGCCUCCAGCACGUCAGGAUCGAGCAAGUCCGCAUCAAGCUCGAUAACUCUUGUCACCGCCAGCCCAUCACCAUCCAGCGGGCUCUCAACAGGAGCAGCAGCCGGCAUAGGCGUUGGCGUCGGGAUCGCAGCAGUCAUCCUGGCUGGCGUGGCAGGCUUCUUUCUCAUGCGCAGGAGGAAAAACAGGAGACGUGCCCCGGACCUGAUGCAGACCCCGCCUAGGGCACUGGUUCAGGAGGACAAGUCGAAUUGGGGGUAUGAUGGGGCGCAUGAGCUGAGCACACCGAUCAUCGCUGCGGAGAUGGCGGCUUCGGCAGAACCCAGAAGCACACCGGUGGAGAUGCCGGCGGACUAUGCGGUGAUGCUUGAUAAUACGCCGUCGAGGGGUGGUUAUGGAAGGGGAUGA